UCACACAUCCAUUACUAGCUACCUCGAACACAUUUACUGCAUUCUGCGUAUCUUCCUUGAUCUGUGUACAUCAGCACUCGGCAGAGAUUCGACAUAAAGGGUAGCAUGUCUUCGGCGGAGCACCCCAGGAAGGCUUUCGGUUGGGCUGCUAGAGACGCUUCCGGCGUCCUCUCUCCUUUCAAUUUCUCCAGAAGGGCAACCGGAGAGAAAGACGUGGCUUUCAAGGUCCUGUACUGUGGGAUUUGCCACUCUGAUCUUCACAUGGUGAAGAAUGAAUGGGGCCACACAGUGUAUCCUGUUGUACCUGGACAUGAGAUUGUUGGUGAAGUGACAGAGGUUGGAAGCAAUGUGACCAAGUUCAAAGUUGGAGAUAGAGUAGGAGUUGGGUGUAUGGUUGGAUCCUGCCACUCCUGCGACAAUUGCGCAAACAAUGUUGAGAACUACUGCCCUAAAAUGAUAUUGACCUAUGGUUCCAAGUACCAUGAUGGGACCAUGACAUAUGGAGGUUAUUCUGAUACCAUGGUUGUGGAGGAGCACUUUAUAGUUCGCAUUCCAGAUAACCUACCGCUUGAUGCUGCUGCUCCCCUUCUUUGUGCUGGGAUCACUGUGUUUAGUCCAUUGAGAUACUAUGGACUUGAUAGGCCUGGUGCACAUGUAGGUGUGGUUGGCCUAGGUGGGCUAGGCCAUGUAGCAGUGAAAUUUGCUAAGGCUAUGGGGGCGAAGGUGACCGUGAUCAGCACCUCUCCUAACAAGAAAAAUGAAGCUAUUGAAAGCCUUGGUGCUGAUGCAUUUUUGAUCAGCCGUAACCAAGAUGAGCUAGAGGGUGCCAUGGGCACCAUGGACGGUAUCAUAGAUACAGUAUCUGCACAUCACCCUCUGCUCCCAUUGAUUGGUCUCUUGAAGUCUCAUGGAAAGCUUGUGCUGGUUGGUGCUCCGGAGAAGCCGCUUGAACUACCCGUCUUUCCUUUGCUGUUGGGGAGGAAGUUAGUGGGUGGAAGUUGCAUCGGAGGAAUGAAGGAGACACAAGAGAUGGUUGAUUUUGCUGCCAAACACAACAUUACUGCAGACAUUGAAGUUAUACCAAUCGACUAUGUGAACACUGCUAUGGGGCGCCUGUUGAAAGCAGAUGUCAAAUACAGAUUUGUUAUCGACAUUGCCAACACAAUGAAAGCCAGCUCUUGAAUUUUGCUUUCUUUUUGAAGCAUUGUGUUGGUCUGUUCUUAUGACUCUGUCGUCUUUAUAUUGAGUUAUUUAAUAUCAAGAAAUGCUUUCUCUCUAGUGUACUUUAUAUUUCCCCGCAUAAUCUAUAUAUGGUAAGACAUAAUUUGUAUUGUAAUUAUUUUAAUUAUUAAUAUAAUUAUAUAUUUUAU